AUGGACACCCCGGUGUCAUUGCCUCGGGAUGUCAGCAGCGGGAGCGAUCCUGGUGACGUGUCCCUGCCUGAUGAUGUGACGAGCAACGCAGGGGAUUCUCCGGGUCUGCUUGAUGAGAAUGUCGAGCUGCCUCCUGAAGAGGGAAGUUUGCAGACCAAGUGUCGCUGCAAGCGUGGUUGUGUUGCGUUGCUGCCACCAGGUGUGCUGGAACAGCAGCGCUUUCGAAUGGAAGGCCUUGAUCGAGUUCGGCGACAUGCUCAGGUCUUUGCAUCUCUGAGAGAUGACGCCAGCCGAGCACCAGAUGGCUCAAUCACAACUGUCUGCUAUAAGGUGAAUGGCCACACUGUCUGCCGUGGUCUGUGGCAGUACGUAAACAUGGUGACCCCUCAGACUGUUGAUGCCUUUCGCAAAAGCAUCCUGGCUGGAGAGGUGACUGCACCAGUGCGAGGCCCAUGUUUGCGAGUCAAAGACAAGCAGCAGUUUUGGCGAGUUGAUGCCUGGUUUCUGGAGCUGUACACAUCUUUGGGAGAGCCCAAGCCAACUGAAUCCCCUGGUGACCAUCAGACUGACACAGAGCAUGAAGUUGUUCAUUCCGAUCACCCUCUCUGGGCUUUGAGUGUUGCGUCGGGGCCAGACUGCCGUGUUGUCGCCAAGAGGAACCUGAACCCUCAAACUUUGAGAGCCCUCUACGCCUUCUACACACAGGACGCUGGCAACGAGGAGUUGGUAAGUGAGAGCACCUUCAGUCGCUGUUGGCGUGAACGCUGGAAGAAAUUUCUGGAAAUGAAGAAUGAAGGCACAGGGCAGCGAUGCAAAGUCUGUGCCAAAUUUGAUGAAGCGAUGAACCAGGCAAGCUGCAAGGAUGAGUUUCUCGACCUUUCCAAGCAGAAAGCAGUGCAUGUGCGUCAAUCGAUGGCUGACAGAAAUGUCAAUGUGCGGGGCAAUGUUUUGGCCACCAGAGCAGCGCAGCAAGCACGUGCCACUGGUAUGCCCUCGACAACUUCCUUUAUGAAAAUGCAGAUCGACGGGAUGGAUCAAGCCAAAUUCCGUUGUCCAAGACCUCAGGGGACCUUGAAAGGUUCGGCCUAUGAGCUGUGGAGACCACAGCUGCACCUCACAGGCUGCACAUGCUUCGGACAUUUUGAUGCAUUUUUCUUGCUUGGGCACGAUCAACCCAAGGAUAGUAACAUGCAAUCCACAGUCCUUGCCCGGGCACUGGACCUGCUUACUGCCCGUGUGGGACUGCAAGGGUUUCCGAGGGCCCUGAUACUUUCUGUUGACAAUACGCCGAGAGAAAGCAAGAACACCUUUUUUGCGCAGUUUGCAGCAGCGUUGCUGCUUUUGCGCUGCUUCGAUUCAGUAGAAGUUCAAUAUUUACAAGCUGGCCACACAAAGAAUGAACUGGACCAGAGGUUUUCAUCUGUUGCCCGAGUUCUAAAUGACGCCGGUGCUUUGGAGGAUGAUGAGGAGUUUUUGCAGUACAUGCAAACACAUGUCAGGCCGUUUGAAGGAAGAGAGGUCAUUUGUGAGAAGAUGUCUGGCGCACGGGACUUCCAGGCAUGGUUUGAGAUUGCCAAUAUGCAUGUGCAGGGCCUGACAUCGACAAAGGGGCUACCAGAAGCAAACCAUUUGUGGCGGUUUGUGAGACGUGAAGAUCACCCGUUGCCAGAUGAGAUUGAGUGCCAUCAUCCAGACUGGCAGUCUUUGCCCUCAAACCCUGAUGAUGUUAUUCUUUGUUUGAAGCAGUUCAUUUCCAGCCCUGACCAGUCGCAACCCCCGCAGCUUUUCAUGCCAGCCAGUGCUGCAGAGCAGCUCACGAAACAAACUUUGCAGCCAGCACUCCGGAGGCCUUUGAGUGAUGAACAGGUGAAAGAGUUCCAAAAAACUGCGACGUUCGUGGGCAAGCAUCCUUGGAAUUUGUUUAAAGGCGAAGCCUUCCUGAGGAAGCUUUGUGCUGAAAACCAAGCAGGCAUCAGCGGGACCCCCCCCGUUUUGCAAGCACUGUUUCAGUCUCGUUGCGCGGUUGAUCAAGAAACUGCCCCAAUUGUGGCCCAACCCUGUGCACGAGCAGCAGCUCCGCGGCCAGUUCGUGUGAGGAGGGUCUUGAAGCGGCCCGCUGCUGCAAAAGCUGCCGCUCCGCGUGCCAAAGCCAAGGUGCGGCUGAGGCCUGCUGCACAGCUGGAUGCGCAGUGA